AUGUAUUUCAGAGACAAGGUAUUUCGGGUUGUUCCUCAAACACAAGAGCAGGCGGUGUUAAUUCAAAAGAUGGACAAAAACUUCAAGCUGGAUUUCUGGCACCCAGAUACAGUAAGACAUGUGACACCCCAAAUGACAGUAGAUUUUCAUGUUAAUGUCAAUCAUUCAGAAUCAGUUCAACUUCUUUUGGAGCAGAACACAGUUAAGUAUGAAGUUUUGUUUCACAAUCUUCAGGAAGGCAUCGAAGCGCAGUUAGAUAUCCAGAAGUUGCAGAAGUCUAACAAGCAUCGCUAUGACAUUUACAAUGAUUGGGAGAAGAUUUCUGACUGGACCAGCAAAAUGGCUUCUAAAUAUCCCACCUUAGUCAAGCGUCUUGAAAUUGGUAAAACAUUUGAAGGACACCCAAUGUAUUUGCUGAAGGUUGGAAAACAAAAAACAGUUCCUAAAUCCAAAGCAAUCUUCAUGGACUGUGGAAUACAUGCACGAGAAUGGAUCUCUCCCGCGUUCUGUCAAUGGUUUGUUAAAGAGCUCAUUAAGGGACGUUCAAAGGACAGAAUCAUAAAAAGGCUGGUGAACAGACUUGACUUCUACAUUCUUCCAGUGUUUAACGUUGAUGGUUAUGUUUGGUCCUGGACAGAGGAUCGCAUGUGGAGAAAGAACCGUUCCCCAGAGCCUAGUGGUAACUGUUUUGGCACAGAUCUCAACAGGAACUUUAACAUAUCAUGGUGCGAGGUUGGCUCUGAGGAUGACCCAUGUUCUGAUAUCUACUGUGGACCUUCUGCUGAGUCUGAGAAGGAAACCAAGACUAUAGCCAGUUUCAUCCAACGUCAUGCAAAUACAAUCAAGGCCUAUAUCAGUAUCCACUCGUAUUCCCAGAUGCUUCUGUACCCCUAUGCCUACACAUAUGAGCUACCACCAAAUGCAAAAGACUUGGAUUCAGUUGCCACGGUGGCUGUGUCUAGACUGCGUAGCCUCUAUGGAACCAAAUAUACUUAUGGUCCUUCGGCUUCCACAAUUUAUCCUACAUCCGGCUCAUCUGAUGACUGGGCUUACACCCAAGGUAUAAAGUACAGCUUUACCUUUGAGCUACGGGACCAAGGCGAAUAUGGAUUCCUUCUCCCAGAGUCUCAGAUUAAACAUACCUGCAAAGAAACAACGUUGGCCGUCAAGUACAUUGCCAAUUAUGUUCUCGGGCAUUCGCCAUGAUUUAACCAGCAUAAUGCUAAAAACAAGAGCUGUACGUUUAAUUGCAUAGACACAAAUAACAAUAAAAAAUAUAUAAGCAUUAAA